AUGCCGUCGGUACGGAGUAGUGGCUGCUUGAUCAGCGGGACAUUAACACCGUUCCUUUAUCCCUCUAUUAACAAGCAGCUCCUCCGCUCGUUACGGCAUGCAGCGCGCCACCACGUCCCGGCUUGCCAACACAGGCUCAACACCACCGUAGCAAGCCAAAGCAACAGCCAAGAUAUACUUCCGCCAUCAAAACCACCACAGGACCUGGAGCGCCUCGACCCAUCACCAGACUCCUACGCCCUCACCCCGUUCACCGACCGCUGCACCAUCACCUUCCACGCCGGCGCCGGCGGCCACGGCUGCAUCUCCUUCCUGCGCGAGAAGUACAUAGCAGCCGGCCCACCAAACGGCGGUGAUGGCGGUACUGGGGGCAACAUCUACAUACAAGCCGUGCGUGGCGAGACAUCACUGCACAAGCUCGCCCGGCGAGGCAUACUCAAAGCCGGAGCGGGCAAGAACGGCGCCGGCAAGAACCGGGGCGGCGAGAGGGGAGGGGAUGUGCUUGUCACCGUGCCGGUUGGGACUGUUCUACGGGAGGUGUGGCGCAGAGACCCGGUCGCAGAAGAGGAGGCGCGCGCGUAUAGCGAGCGCCGCAAGGCGAAACGGGCGGAGGAGGAUGGGGCUGUGAAGGGGCAGUAUCGGCGGGAUCAGUGGAUGCUGUAUCCAGGCAGCCAACCCUCUGAGUUCAGGAAUAUGGAGUUUCCCAAACACCCAGGUCCGAGACGCUCGAACCUUGCGCUCGUACAGCCGAAAGCGCCGGUGCAGUUGGAUUUGGAUAAGCCGAUGGAGCAGCCGAUGUUGCUUGCGGCGGGCGCGUUGGGUGGGCUGGGAAACACGCAUUUCGUUUCUACGGACAUGCCGAGGCCGAAAAUUGCGACGAAGGGCGAGCCGGGCAUGAGUCUGCACGUCCAGCUGGAGCUCAAGCUGCUGGCUGACGUCGGACUUGUCGGACUGCCCAAUGCGGGUAAAAGCACGUUGCUGAGAGCUUUGACGAACAGUCGCGCCAGAGUCGGCGACUGGGCGUUUACGACGCUGCAGCCGAAUAUCGGUACUGUGGUGUUGGACAGUCACAAGGGUCGGCCAAUGAUUACCGCAGGUCGAAGGGGCGACCCGAGAACGAACUUCACCAUUGCAGAUAUACCUGGAGUCAUUGAGGAUGCCCAUCUGGACAAGGGCCUUGGCCUCUCGUUCCUGCGACACAUUGAGCGCGCAGCUGUGCUCGCUUUUGUGGUCGACCUCUCAGCUGGAGACUCUGUAGCAGCUCUGCGCGCGCUCUGGAGGGAGGUCGGCGAGUAUGAGACGUUCAGAAACGAGGAGAUCAACGCGGAGACUCAAAAGCGGCUAGUGGACUGGAAACCGCUGGUCAAUCGCGCUACCUCAGAAUUCGAAAGUGACACCUUUGGAGACCCUGAGGUUUUCGAAGCUGAUGCUUCCGAGAUGCCGCUUCCUCCCCUUACGCUGCCACCGAUCACUUCGAAACCGUGGUUUGUCGUUGCUACGAAGGCGGAUCUGCCAGAGACACAGGAGAAUUUUGCAGCACUUCAGUCUUACCUGGCUGCAGUGCGCGACGGCACGGUGGCUCAUCCGAGCGGGAAGAAGAAUGCUUGGAAGGAUCGUCCGAGCGCUGUGCCGGUCAGCGCCAUCAAGGCCGAAGGUGUGGAAAGGAUUCCGGCUGUUGUCGUGGACCUGUUGAGUGGUUGA